AUGCUUCUCGGCAAAGGGGCUCACAUUGCCGAAACCCGCCAAGGGUGGACUUUGCUAAACCGAGCUGCCCACGAGGGUUCAUAUGAGCUUGCCGAGCUACUUCUUGAGAAUGGGACAGACGUCAAUGCAUCGCAGGAUAACAAUUGGGGGUGGGUACCGCUCAUGUGGGCCUCGGUUCAAGGCACCUCCGAACUUGUUAAGCUACUACUGAGAAACGGAGCAGAUACACGCAGAUCUGAUGAUCUUGGGCGCGGACACCGCUCUAUUUGGCCUCGGAAGAAGGCUGCGAUAAUGCGGUCAAAAUUAGUACUCAAGAAAGGAGCAGAGCCAUCUGCAACGGACAAUCUUGGGCGAUCACCACUUAUCCUCGCCUCGAUGAAGGGACAUUCCGGCGUGGUGAAGCAUCUUCUCGAAGGAGGCAAAAUUCUCGAAGAAUGGAUUGCAAUUCAGGAUAAGAUUAGCGACUGGGAUGCAUUGAUGUAUGCUUCCUACUGUGGUGACCUGGAGAUCACCCGACUCCCACUCACAGUGCCAGGGGUUGGUCCCAACAGAAAGGAAUUUGAUGGUCGCACAUCUCUUUUCUUGGCCGCUGCGAGAGGUAAUAGUGAGCUGAUCCGAGUGCUGCUGUCAAGUUGUGCUACACUGCACGUGAUGGACCGAUAUGGCUCGACACCAUUGUUUGCUGCUGUGAGAAAAGGACAUGAGGAAGCUGUGGAAAUGUUGCUGAGCCUGAGAGAGCCCAAUAUUAACCUUGAAGAUGGGAUUGGCCGGUCAAUGCUCUGGUGGGCCACAAGCAGCGGCAAUGUGAAGGUCACUCAGCUCGUGUAUGAGCUUUUUCAAAGCAUGGGUAUGGACAUCCCUUUGAACUAUCUUGAGAUGCUAUACUCCCCAACGCUUAUCAACGAUCCACGUGAUCCAUGGUGCGAUAUUUAUAUAAGGUAUUUUUAG